AUGUACCCUGACGGUGGAAUUGCCCGGUUCAGAAUCUACGGUAAGGUGGUGCCUAUCUUGCCCAAGGACCCCAAGACGGUAAUCGACCUGGCGCUGGUGAAAAACGGUGGUGUGGCCGUGAAAGUGUCUGACCAGUGCUUUUCCAGCGCAGACAACCUUCUUUUGCCUGGCCGUGGCGAGCACAUGGGAGACGGCUGGGAAACGAAACGUUCGCGUGGCGCUGGCCAUGUGGACUGGGCGAUGAUCAAGUUGGGCGCCGUGACCAAGGUCCAGGAGGUGCUUGUGGACACUGCUCAUUUCAGAGGCAACUUCCCACAGAAGGUGAACGUGAAGGGGUACAAGGCACCAGAGGGCAUCGAGGCGUCGCCAGACAGCUUGCCGCCAUUUGACAGUGACAAGUGGGAGGUGAUUGUCAAGGACAGUAAGACUGGCCCUCACGAGGAGUUCAAGUUCAAGGCAGAGAAGGAGGGCCCAUACUCGCAUGUCAUGUUGACCAUGAUUCCAGACGGCGGUGUCAAGAGAUUGAGAGUGUUUGGCACUGUUGCCAACUGA